GCUACCAACUAAAUACAGAGCAAUGCUGUGAAGAGCAGCCCGGUUACUUAUUUUAAUUGAGUUGCCAUAUGCAAAAAUGCCAACCUUAGAUGACAUUCUAGAGCAUAUUGGGGAAUUUGACUUGUUCCAGAAGCGAGCCUUCUUUGUCUUAUGCCUGUUGUCUGCCUCCUUCACCCCUAUUUAUGUGGGUGUCGUCUUCCUCGGGUUCAGUCCAGAACACCGCUGUCUCAGCCCUGGAGUUGCUGAGUUGAGCAGCAGAUGUGGCUGGAGUCUAGAAGAGGAGCUGAAUUACACCGUUCCAGAGCAGGGGAGACAUGGGGAGUCUUUCUCUAGUCAGUGCAGGAGAUACAACGUGGACUGGAACACAACCGGCCUCAGCUGCACAAACCCCUUAGAAAACUUCACUGGUUACGGCAACAGGAGCAGUAUCCCGCUCACCCCUUGUCAAGAUGGCUGGGUUUACGAUUCUUCAGGAUCAUCCAUCGUGACUCAGUUUAACCUGGUGUGUGAGGACUCCUGGAAGCUGGAUCUCUUUCAGUCUUGCGUGAACAUUGGAUUUUUUAUUGGCUCCCUAAGCAUCGGCUACAUAGCAGACAGGUUUGGUCGUAAAUUAUGCCUUUUAAUUACAAUCCUUGUCAAUUCCAUUUCUGGAGUUCUCAUGGCCUUUGCACCAAGCUACAUGUGGAUGCUGAUCUAUCGUUUCAUACAAGGACUGGUCAGCAAGGGAGGCUGGUUAACAGGCUACGUACUGAUCACAGAAUUUGUUGGCUUAAGCUAUAGAAGGACAGUAGGAAUUGUUUACCAAGUAGCCUUUUCUGUCGGACUCCUCGUACUCUCUGCUAUUGCUUAUAUGAUUCCUCACUGGAGAUGGCUGCAGCUCACUGUUACUCUGCCAAACUUCUUCUUCUUGCUCUAUUACUGGUGUCUGCCAGAGUCACCCAGGUGGCUGAUAGCUCAACAGAGAAAUGACAAAGCCAUGAAAAUUAUUAACCGUAUUGCCAAGGGAAAUGGGAAAAAGGUGCCUCCCUCUUUACAGAGUCUCAACCCUGAAGAGGAAGAUGGGGAAAAGCUGAGCCCUUCAUUUCUAGACCUGGUCAGAACACCUCAGAUAAGGAAACAUACACUCAUUUUGAUGUACACUUGGUUCACAAGCUCUGUUCUGUACCAGGGGCUCAUCAUGCACAUGGGGAUUGCUGGUGGGAACAUUUAUCUGGAUUUCUUCUAUUCUGCACUGGUUGAAUUCCCAGCUGCCCUCAUACUCAUACUCACAGUUGAUCGCAUUGGCCGUCGCUAUCCCUGGGCUGCAGCAAAUCUGGUGGCAGGGGCUGCUUGCCUUCUUACAGCUUUCAUCCCAGACAAUAUCUAUUGGCUAAAAAUUACUACAGCCUGCUUGGGCAGAAUGGGAAUUACCAUGUGCUAUGAAAUGGUUUGCCUAGUAAAUGCAGAACUGUACCCAACAUUUCUCAGGAACCUGGGAGUACUUGUCUGCUCUUCCAUGUGUGAUAUUGGUGGGAUCAUAACUCCAUUCAUUGUCUACAGACUGGCAGAGAUCUGGCAUGAGCUGCCACUUGUAGUUUUUGCUGUGGUUGGUUUAAUCGAUGGUGGACUAGUGCUGCUCCUACCUGAGACCAAAGGGAAAACUUUGCCUGAAACCAUAGAAGAUGCUGAAAACAUGCACAGACAAAGAAAGCGCAAAAAAGAAGUGAUUUACUUGCAUGUUUCAACAACAGAAGUUGCACCUAAUUAAAUUAAAGAGCUGCUUCUCCCAGGGCCAGCCUUUGAUGACACAUUAAUAGACU